AUUUAACAUCUGAAUAUUUGGGGUCAAACAAAACCCUUCCAUUUCCAUUUCAAUUUCACCAUUUGGGUUUUACUUCCCUGAUUUGAGUGUUUUGUUACUGUUGUCUAUUGAUGCCAUGGAAAAUGUGCAAGUAAAAGAAGAAGAAGGUGAACAAAAUCAACAACAUCCAAAACGGAUGAAAACCCAACAAGAAGACCCAGAAGAAAAAAAAGAUAGAAUAAGCUCCUUACCUGAUGGUUUGAUUAUCGAUGAAAUCCUUGGUCGUUUACGGGAUACGAAACACGCAAUCAGAACAGGUGCCCUUUCCAAACGUUGGCAACAUCUUUGGCCUUUGGUCCCUGUUCUUUAUUUCUCAUAUUAUAAUAGUUGUAAUAAAAAGCACACACAUUCUGAUAAUUUCUGUUUGUCUGUUGAUAAAACCCUAACUCAGUGUCGCCCUCAUUUAAAGAAACUCAAUAAAUUCCAUGUCUCUACCUCUUACAACGGUCGGUUUGAAUUACAACUACUCGAUAAGUGGAUUCGUUUUGCUACUGAUUGUGAUGUCCAACAGCUUUACUUAGAUUUUUAUAAUUUGGAUUGGGAACAUCAGUUUGUAUUGAAAGACGACUCUUUUUUCAUCAAUUCCCAUUUUACCCAUCUCCGUUUAGGCGGCUGCAUAUUCGAUCCAACAGGCCCCAUUAUUUGGAAUAACCUUACCCAUUUAUCUAUUUCAAAUGGGAAAUUAGACGAACAUUUGAUUGCAAAUAUGCUAUCUGGGAGUCCUUUAUUGGGCACUUUGAGGUUAGAAGAAUGCUAUGGUUAUCGGCGCCUUGAUAUUACUUCCAAGAGUGUUAAGAGCUUGGUGUUAUCUGGAUACUCCGCUUAUGAACAUGAGGUUGAUGAUAUUUUAGGCAUCAUUGAAAUCAAUGCUCCGUAUAUUUUGUCAUUAACGAUCCAAGACGAUUUGUUCUUGACAAAGCUUUCAUUGCUAAAUGUGUCUUCUUUAACCAAAGCUGGCUUGGAUUAUACCAAGACCGGGUAUUAUGGUAGGCCAAAAGCUCCUAAAAGAGAACAAGAAGAGAUGCUUAAGAGGCUUAUACUAAACCUUCGCCAUGUCAAAGAGCUUAAAAUCGGGAUUGAGUGUCAUAAGGCUCUAUAUCGUUUGGAAGCUAAAGGUUUCAAUUUUCCAUCAAACUUGAAGGUUCAAAAUGUUAUGUCACCUGUAUCCUCUGAUAGUGAUUCAAUGGAUUACUCUGAUAAUGAAUCAUCUGAUGAUGACUCAUCUGAUAGUGAUUCAAUGGAUUACUCUGAUAAUGAAUCAUCUGAUGAUGACUCAUCUGAUAGUGAUAGUGAUUCGGUUGAAAGCGGAGAUUCUGAGGAACUAGUGCUUGACUAGGUUAAUUGAUUAAUGGCAUUUUAAAUUCUUGUUUAAAAUUUUCAUGUAACUUUGAAUUUUUGUUACUCCCAGUUUCAUUUAGCAAAUUACAAAUUAUGAAGUUGUUUAAUAUUUCAUAUGUUC